AGGAGAGGCAUGGGGCGCCCGCGGGCCGGGGCCGGGGCCGGGGCCUAGGCGGCGGACCUGCGAGCGGACCGGAACAGCGGCGGCGGCGCAGCGCAGCGGCGGAGCGGGCCGGAGGCGGCCGAGGCGCCGGGCGCAGACGCUGGUGCCUCCCUCUCCGCCAGGUGCUGGGUGGCCAGAACUGGGUCUGUCCGGGCGCUGGAGGGCCCCUGUCCCCUGCCACUUCCCGCCAGUCUCUGAUUGUGUGCCCGGAGGGAUGUGCGUGCCAGCCUUUGGUCCAGUGCCUGCUCCCGAGGUGACGCCUGCUGGUUCCCGACUGGUUCUCAUUAUCCCUCUGCGCAUAGCUCCCUCGUUGGAUAGCUGCUGCCUGGGAAACGCUACCCGGGUGCCCCGCUAGGGCAACGGCCCCUGCCCUGAGGGCCGGGAUCAUGAAAGGCCUCGGUGACAGCCGCCCUCGCCACCUCUCCGACAGCCUGGACCCACCGCACGAGCCCCUGUUCGCAGGGCCUGACCGCAACCCCUACCUGUUGUCGCCCACAGAGGCCUUUGCCCGCGAGGCUCGCUUCCCUGGCCAGAACACUCUGCCUGGGGAUGGUCUCUUCCCCCUCAACAACCAACUGCCACCUCCAAGCAGCACCUUCCCCCGCAUCCACUAUAACUCCCACUUCGAGGUGCCAGAGGAGAGCCCCUUCCCCAGCCAUGCCCAGGCCACCAAGAUCAACCGGCUGCCUGCCAACCUCCUGGACCAGUUUGAGAAGCAACUGCCCAUCCACCGCGAUGGCUUUAGCACGCUCCAGUUCCCCCGUGGUGAGGCCAAGGCCCGUGGUGAGAGUCCUGGCCGCAUCCGCCACCUGGUCCACUCGGUCCAGCGGCUCUUCUUCACUAAGGCGCCCUCACUGGAGGGCACAGCAGGCAAGGUCGGUGGCAAUGGCAGCAAGAAAGGUGGCCUGGAGGACGGCAAGGGCCGGAGGGCCAAGAGCAAGGAACGGGCCAAGGCUGGGGAACCCAAAAGGCGUAGCCGCUCCAACAUCUCAGGCUGGUGGAGCUCUGAUGACAACUUGGACGGCGAGGGUGGCGCCUUCCGCAGCAGUGGCCCAGCCUCUGGGCUGAUGACGCUCGGCCGACAGGCAGAACGCAGCCAGCCACGUUACUUCAUGCACGCCUACAACACUAUCAGCGGGCACAUGCUCAAAGCAGCCAAAAACAACACCGCUGAGCUGACUGCCCCACCACCCCCUCCCGCACCUCCAGCUGCCUGCCCCAGCCUUGGGGUGGGCACUGACACCAACUAUGUCAAGCGGGGCUCCUGGUCCACUCUGACCCUCAGCCACGCCCACGAAGUCUGCCAGAAGACCUCAGCCACCUUGGAUAAGAGCCUGCUAAAGUCCAAAUCCUGCCACCAGGGUCUAGCAUAUCAUUACCUGCAGGUGCCCGGCGGCGGCGGCGAGUGGAGCACCGCGCUGCUGUCCCCGCGCGAGGCGGACGCCGCCGCCGAGGGCCCCAUACCGUGCAGGCGCAUGCGCAGCGGCAGCUACAUCAAGGCCAUGGGCGACGAGGACAGCGACGAGUCCGGCGGCAGCCCCAAGCCCUCACCCAAGACGGCAGCACGGCGCCAGAGCUACCUGAGGGCCACGCAGCAGUCGCUGGGAGAGCAGAGCAACCCCCGCAGGAGUCUGGACCGCCUGGAUUCCGUGGACAUGCUGCUGCCCUCCAAGUGUCCCAGCUGGGAAGAGGACUACAACCCCGUCAGCGACAGCCUCAACGACUCCAGCUGCAUCAGCCAGAUUUUUGGACAGGCCUCCCUGAUCCCCCAGUUGUUUGGCCAUGAGCAGCAGGUACGGGAGGCAGAUCUGAGCGACCAGUAUGAGGCAGCCUGCGAGUCUGCCUGCAGCGAAGCCGAGUCUACAGCCGCCGAGGCACUGGACUUGCCGCUGCCCAGCUAUUUUCGCUCCCGCAGCCACAGCUACCUGCGGGCCAUCCAGGCGGGCUGCUCGCAGGAGGAGGACAGUGUCUCCCUGCAGUCCCUCUCCCCCCCGCCCAGCACUGGCAGCCUCAGCAACAGUCGCACGCUUCCAAGUUCAUCAUGCCUAGUGGCGUAUAAGAAGACCCCACCACCGGUCCCUCCACGCACCACGUCAAAGCCCUUCAUCUCUGUCACGGUCCAGAGCAGUACUGAGUCUGCCCAGGACACCUACCUGGACAGCCAGGACCACAAGAGUGAGGUGACAAGCCAGUCGGGCCUGAGCAACUCGUCGGACAGCCUGGACAGCAGUACCCGACCGCCUAGUGUGACGCGGGGCGGAGUCACCCCAGCCUCGGAGGCCCCUGAGCCACCCCCAAAACAUGCAGCUCUGAAGAGUGAACAAGGGACGCUGACCAGCUCCGAAUCCCACCCUGAGGCCAUCCCCAAAAGGAAACUGUCAUCUAUAGGAAUACAAGUUGACUGCAUUCAGCCAGUGCCAAAAGAGGAGCCCAGUCCCGCUACCAAAUUCCAGUCCAUCGGGGUUCAGGUAGAGGACGACUGGCGAAGCAGCGCCCCCUCUCACAGCAUGUCCUCCCGACGGGACACUGACUCAGACACCCAGGAUGCCAACGACUCAAGCUGUAAGUCAUCUGAGAGGAGCCUCCCGGACUGUACCCCACACCCCAACUCCAUCAGCAUUGAUGCCGGGCCUCGGCAGGCCCCCAAGAUUGCCCAGAUCAAGCGCAACCUCUCCUAUGGAGACAACAGCGACCCAGCCCUAGAGGCGUCCUCGCUGCCCCCACCCGACCCCUGGCUUGAGACCUCCUCCAGCUCCCCGGCAGAGCCAGCGCAGCCAGGAGCCUGCCGCCGGGACGGCUACUGGUUCUUGAAGCUACUUCAGGCAGAAACAGAGCGGCUGGAGGGCUGGUGCUGCCAGAUGGACAAGGAGACCAAAGAGAACAACCUCUCUGAAGAAGUCUUAGGAAAAGUCCUCAGUGCUGUGGGCAGUGCCCAGCUACUGAUGUCCCAGAAAUUCCAGCAGUUCCGGGGCCUCUGUGAGCAAAACCUGAACCCUGAAGCCAACCCACGUCCGACAGCCCAGGACCUGGCAGGGUUCUGGGACCUGCUACAGCUGUCCAUCGAGGACAUCAGCAUGAAGUUUGAUGAACUCUACCACCUCAAGGCCAACAGCUGGCAGCUGGUGGAAACCCCCGAGAAGAGGAAGGAAGAGAAGAAACCACCCCCUCCGGUCCCAAAGAAGCCAGCUAAAUCCAAGCCGGCAGUGAGCCGCGACAAGGCCUCCGAUGCCGGGGACAAGCAGCGUCAGGAGGCCCGCAAGAGACUCCUGGCGGCCAAGCGGGCAGCUUCUGUGCGGCAGAAUUCAGCCACGGAGAGUGCGGACAGCAUCGAGAUUUAUGUCCCUGAGGCCCAGACCCGACUCUGAGACCAGGAAGUGGGAAGCAAACAAUUUUAAGUCAUUAAAAAAACAAACAAACACACAAACUAAAUGUGAACGGAACACCAUUUUCUCAACCUUUAAGAUGGUUAUUCUGUCCAGAGACCCUGAGCCAACUUUCAAUUGAUGCAUACAAGGGCUCACAAUUUGGCUUUUUUGGGUCCCUCCCAGCUUUAGGUUAAUGAAGACUUCAUACAAAAAAAAAGUCAACAGAAACACAAAACUCUCAAACUUUUUUUCCCCUCUGGUUGGCCACGGUGGGCUAGGUAGACGGACCUCGGCACUUCCUGGCCCAGCCUCCAGACUGCGGUCUUUUUACUUGUUCUAUCUCACGAGAACUCGCACUAGCUUGUUUACAAGACGAGGACAGUCCGAGGACAGCCUUGGGUCCCUGCCAUGUCCUUCCUCCUCUUCCCGCUACCCCGCUCUGACCUUGCAGUUUUCAUUCUUCUGUUCGUCUCCUCUCCCUUCAGAGCUCACCCUGGGGCUCCCAGCUGUGGUCUCACCGGCUUACCAACUCUGGGCCCUGCGUGCAGCUGCCAGCCUGGAGAGCCAGACCCGCUCCCCUGCCCCAGCGCUCCCAGUUGCUCAUGCGCACACGCAGGCGCAGGCGCUGGCCCCGCAGCAGCAGCAGCCCCGGGCAGGGGGGAGGGGAGGUCUCCGAGAAGGGGAGGAGGGUUCAGGGCUUUGGGGGGGGACAAUGAGAUAAAAGCCACCGUUACCACACUCCAGACUCCCGCCUCUUUCUUCUCUCCAGCCCCCUCUUCCUUCAGUAAAAUGUCUGACUCAGAGUGACUUGCAGGGGAUACUCAAGAGAGGGACCCCAUUUUCCAGGGGUCGCCUGUCCCUGGCCGAGCCUGUGUACAGCACCUGAGGGGCAGGCGGCUGUGUCUGUAUGUAUGUGUACAUAUGCACAUAGACCUUAGAGUGUAUAUUUAACAAACGCCCAUCUGCUCACCCAUGCCCCCCAGCGCCGCCGCUGGCUCUCGGGGCACCUGGCAGGAGGCGGGUGUGUGAAUAGCAUAUAUUUUUACAUGUACUAUAUCUAGGUGUGUGUACAAGUGUGUGUAAAAAUAUAUACCUUGUGUGUAAGCGGCCUUUUUUUUGGUCUCCCACCUGCCCCCUGCCGUGGGCCCAUCCGCCCUGCCUCUUGAGUUUUCUAUUCUUUUUUUUUACCCCAAUCAUCCUUCUCUCUCCCAUCCCACACCGCCCCCAGCCCAGCCCCACUCCCAGGGUGGCGUCAGCCUGAGCUGCAAGAUUGGGGGCGGGAGGGGGUAGGGGGUGGCCCAGCACACGAGGGCUGCUCUCUCUACCAUGGAGAUGACGAUGGCAUUGGAGAUGUCCUCAUGUCCCGCACUCGCUGCAGGGGCCCCAGGUGAACAGAGGGCCUGCUCUGGGGCCCCAUUCCAGCCUGGCUGCCGUCUGUGACCUUGGGCAAGUCACUUGACCUCUGUGUGCCUCAACUUCCUCCUCUGUAAAAUGGGGACAGUCCCUGCCCCUCCCUACCUCACAGGCAUGUUGUGAGAAUAAAUGAGGUAACGUGUA